UGCAUCAAGCUCUCUCUCUCUCUCUCUUGCCAAGAUGAGCUUCCAAAGUCCUCUCCCUGACAAUGCCAAAGAAGAGAAAAAGAUAGAUUCAGAAGAUGAAAAAGAAGAAGAAGAAGAAAAAGAAGAACAGAAGCAGAAGAAAGUCCCAUUCAUGAAGCUUUUUGCUUUUGCAGACUUACAAGAUUACAUCUUAAUGUUUAUAGGAUCCAUCGGUGCUUGUGUUCAUGGAGCUUCAGUUCCUGUUUUCUUCGUUUUCUUUGGUAAAUUAAUAAACAUUAUAGGCAUUGCUUAUCUCUUCCCAGCCUCUGUUUCACAUAAAGUCGCCAAGUACUCAUUGGAUUUCGUCUAUUUGAGCAUUGUUGUGAUGUUCUCUUCAUGGGUUGAGGUUGCUUGUUGGAUGCAUACGGGAGAGAGGCAAGCAGCAAAGAUGAGAUUGGCGUAUUUGAAAUCGAUGUUGAAUCAAGAUAUCAGUCUCUUCGAUACUGAAGCAUCGACAGGAGAAGUGAUCUCUGCAAUCACUAGUGACAUUAUUGUAGUUCAAGAUGCCAUCUCUGAGAAGGUGGGGAAUUUCUUGCAUUACUUAAGCCGUUUUAUUACAGGAUUUGCAAUUGGGUUCUCUCAAGUUUGGCAGAUCAGUCUUGUGACCCUGUCUAUAGUCCCCCUGAUUGCCAUUGCUGGUGGUGUCUAUGCUUAUGUAGCAACAGGUCUUAUUGCUAGAGUGAGGAAAUCCUAUGUCAAGGCUGGUGAAAUUGCAGAAGAGGUUAUUGCCAAUAUCCGAACGGUCCAAGCAUUUGUCGGUGAAGAGAAGGCAGUAUUGUCAUACAAGAGAGCUCUCAAAAACACAUAUAAGUAUGGGAAGAAGGGAGGACUAGCCAAGGGUAUGGGACUUGGUUCUGUACACUGUGUUCUCUUCUUGUCUUGGGCACUGCUCAUAUGGUUCACUAGCAUUGUUGUCCACAAGGAGAUAUCAAAUGGUGGACAAUCCUUCACCACCAUGCUCAAUGUCGUUAUAGCCGGACUAUCACUGGGACUAGCUGGCCCAAACAUCUCAACUUUUGUCCAAGCUAGAGCUGCUGCAUACCCCAUCUUCAAGAUGAUAGAGAGGAAUACAGUUAGCAAUGUCAGCUCCAAAGUGGGCAGGACCCUCAGAAAAGUGGAGGGGCACAUACAGUUUAAGGAUGUAUGUUUCAGUUAUCCAUCUCGCCCUGAUGUAGUGAUCUUUGAUAAGCUUUCUCUCGACAUACCAUCGGGGAAAAUUGUAGCACUUGUUGGAGGAAGUGGUUCUGGGAAGAGUACUGUGAUCUCAUUGAUCGAGAGAUUCUAUGAGCCCUUCGGUGGACAGAUACUAUUAGAUGGUAAUGGCAUUAGAGAUCUUGAGCUCAAGUGGCUUAGGAGUCAAAUUGGGUUAGUUAAUCAGGAGCCCGCCCUCUUCGCCACAACAAUUGUUGAAAACAUCCUAUAUGGCAAAGAUGAUGCAACACUUGAUGAGAUAACUCGUGCUGCAAAGCUCUCUGGGGCCAUUUCUUUCAUCAACAACCUUCCUGAUAGAUAUAACACUCAGGUUGGUGAAAGAGGGAUACAAUUAUCUGGUGGACAGAAGCAACGAAUUGCAAUAUCUCGGGCGAUUCUAAAGAAUCCUUCGAUACUUCUCCUCGAUGAGGCAACAAGUGCACUUGAUGCUGAAUCUGAGAAGAGUGUCCAGGAGGCAUUAGAUCGUGUCAUGGUCGGACAAACCACUGUUGUGGUGGCGCAUCGGCUCUCCACAAUUAGGAAUGCAGAUAUGAUUGCUGUCGUCCAAGGUGGGAAGAUUGUUGAAAUAGGGAGCCAUGAGGAGCUGAUUUCAAACCCAAAUGGUGCUUAUGCAACACUUGUGCAGCUCCAAGGGAAAGCUGAUCCCUUGCAGCAUCAAGCUUCACAAGGCCCUGUCAUGGGACGACAUCUUAGUAUGAAGCUUUCUCGAGAAGUAUCAAGCGCGACCUCAAGUUUUCGGGCCAGUGCUCAAUCUGACAAGGAAUUAUCAUUAGGUCGAUGCUCUGUUGAUGAAUCUGAGACAAUAAAACCGAAGAGCAUUUCAUGGAGAAGCAUAUAUUCCAUGGUGGCUCCUGACUGGAUCUAUGGGGUGUUUGGCAUCAUUGGUGCUAUGUUUGCUGGUGCCCAGAUGCCAUUGUUUGCUCUUGGGGUUACAGAUGCUCUUGUUUCCUAUUACAUGGACUGGGACACGACAUGCAGAGAAAUAAGGAAGGUUGCUUUUCUCUUUUGCGGGGGUGCUGUUUUGACUGUCAUCUUUCACACCAUUGAACACCUUAGUUUCGGAAUCAUUGGAGAGCGAUUAACUCUGCGGGUGCGAGAGAAGAUGUUUGCAGCCAUCUUGAGGAAUGAAAUUGGAUGGUUUGAUGACAUAAGCAACACAAGUUCAAUGCUCUCAUCACGCCUAGAAACCGAUGCAACUCUACUGCGAGGAAUGGUUGUCGAUCGAUCUACAAUUCUCUUACAGAACAUAUUUCUUGUUAUUACCUCAUUCAUCAUUGGCUUCCUCUUGAAUUGGAGGAUCACACUAGUGGUCAUUGCCACAUAUCCUCUGAUUGUUAGCGGCCACAUCAGUGAGAAACUCUUCAUGAAAGGUUAUGGUGGUAACUUGAACAAGGCUUACCUCAAAGCUAACAUGCUUGCCGGUGAGGCAGUGAGCAACAUUCGUACCAUUGCUGCAUUCUGUUCUGAGGUUAAGGUAAUUGAUUUAUAUGCACAUGAGCUUGAAGAGCCAUCCAAACGCUCCUUCCGUCGUGGCCAGAUUGCCGGCAUUGCAUAUGGUGUCUCCCAAUUCUUCAUCUUCUCAUCCUAUGGCCUAGCCUUGUGGUAUGGUUCUGUUUUGAUGGGGAAAGAAAUCUCUAGCUUUAAGUCGGUGAUAAAAUCAUUCAUGGUUUUAAUUGUAACAGCAUUGGCCAUGGGAGAGACACUAGCAUUGGCACCAGACCUUCUAAAAGGGACACAGAUGUUGGCUUCAGUCUUUGAUGUAUUGGACAGGAAGACAGAGGUUGAAGGGGAUGUUGGAGAGGAAGUGACAAGAGUAGAGGGUACAAUAGAAUUGAAGGAUGUUGAAUUCAGUUACCCUUCAAGGCCAGACAUUGUGAUUUUCAAGGAUUUCAAUCUCAAAGUAACUGUGGGGAAGAGCAUGGCAUUAGUAGGGUCUAGUGGAUCUGGUAAGAGCUCUGUGCUCUCCCUUAUACUUCGGUUCUAUGAUCCAACAGCAGGGAAGGUGAUUGUUGAUGGAAAAGACAUUAAGAAACUCAAGCUCAAGUCCCUUCGAAAACACAUUGGUCUUGUCCAACAAGAGCCAGCGCUAUUUGCCACGACAAUCUAUGAAAACAUUCUUUAUGGCAAAGAUGGAUCAUCUGAAACAGAGGUCAUUGAGGCUGCCAAGCUUGCUAAUGCACAUAACUUCAUCAGUAGCCUCCCUGAGGGCUACUCGACCAAAGUAGGAGAGCGAGGAGUGCAACUAUCAGGUGGCCAGAAGCAACGGGUCGCCAUUGCAAGAGCUGUUCUCAAGAAUCCAGCAAUUUUGCUUCUUGAUGAGGCUACCAGUGCUCUCGAUGUGGAGUCUGAGCGUGUCGUUCAACAAGCCCUUGACAGGCUAAUGAAGAAUCGAACAACAGUUAUGGUGGCACAUAGGUUGUCUACCAUCCAAAAUGCAGAUCACAUAUCAAUUUUGCAAAAUGGAAAGAUCAUAGAGCAAGGGAACCACUCUACUCUAAUAGAGAACAAGAAGGGAGCCUAUUAUAAGCUUAUUAAUUUACAGCAACUGCAACAAUAACAGAAAUAAAAGGAGUAAAUGACCAA